AUAUAUUUCUUAAAGGGUAUCUCUAUUAAGGGCUUUAAAGCAGUUAAGCCUAAUAUACAUAAUAAGCUUUAUUAA